AUGGCUCCACGUUCCAGAUCACGAACAGACCCCGCGGAUGAGGAGAUCCCUCGAUUGGAUCCGCCCUUGACGAGCGCACCGCCUCGUUCCGCUUACGGCCCACAAGCAGGUAAUGCUUACUUUAUGCCUCCUCCUGCAGCCUCAACGCAAACAAAUCAAGUGGCGGAUAUGUUCACCAUGAUGGGUGACCUUCUAAGGGAUACGAGCACCGGCGCAUUCAGCCAGAACACGAUCCCCUUGCCCAACAGCACCUACGGCCUGCGAAGAGCUUCACCGCAAUCGGUCUCUCACAGUGUUUAUCCAACCAACAACAUGUGGUCUACACAGGGAGUUGCAAGCUUCCCAUCAUACAAUUCCGGUUAUGGGAAUGACAUAGUGGAUUUGCCACCCAACACCAUGUAUACAAUUGCUCACCAACAGCCGCUAAGUACUCAAAAUUUGGAUUAUUACCCUGGCGUAAGAGGCUAUGGGAACCAAUCUGGUACUCCUACUCAAUAUAACACACCGAUGACCUUUGGUGCCGUGGCUGAUCGCUCUGUCGGUAGCUCAAGGCCUCUUGUUCCUGCCGCCAGAGCUAAUUACCAAGGUGAGCUGUAUAAUCCUUCCGACAUUAAAACUCGAUACUUUAACGUAGCAGACUCUUUGCAACUAGGAGCUCAAUAUGAAUCAUAUUCAAGGGCUGCAUCCACAACAUCCAGCAGUCGAGGUGGGUCCAAAAGGAGUGGGAAAGACCAACUGACCAUCAUCUUCACUGAUCCGAGUGGGAGCAAAAAGAGUCCUGGUACCAUCAACAUAAACGGUAGAAGGAAGCACGACUGGGACCACCUGCAAGAUGAUAUGGACUUGAUCGUUGGUCGUUCCAGAGCGGUAUUCAGCACUGAAUACCCCGGUCGGUCCGAGAAUGAAGCACCUCCACCAACCUGGGGAGCCAUCGAGUAUCAUUACGAAGGUAAGGGUUCAGCUUCAGUUGAUUUACCAAGAGGCUUGGUCAGACCGGAUGACGUACCAAGGAUGAAGGAAAUAUACCAAAAGGCCAUUAAUCUCGGCAAAAGAAUCGAAAGUGGUUCAACUAGAACUGGAAGCUCCAGAGAUGACAAUUCAAGCACCAUCUCCCGAUCUCAAGGCCAGCCUUUUGCCACCGAUACUGUCCGAGCAUGGGCCUCUGGAGUACCUACUAGUGCUGGCCUAAGUACUCCGUCAAUCUCGUCGAUCGCUGAGGCUCCGUACUCGCAAGGGGAUGCUUACUCUCUGGUUGAAAGUGAGCUAGGACCUCCCAAAGCCAGGUCUACCGUUUUGGAAGGGGCCAUCAGACCGAUGCAGUUGAAUGAGGGUUACGAUGAUGAGUAG